GGCGGAGGGCCCAGCCGGCCCCAGCCCCAGCCCCGCGCGCCUCGGGGCCGCCGCCUCGGCGCGGGAGCUGCGGGAGAGAGCCGGGCGCGCCUGCUCCGCCCGCGGGACAGAAGCGCUCCUGGCAGGCCGCCUGCCUCGCUCGCCGGGCCUGGGCCUGGGCCUGGGCCGAGCGGCGCGGCGCGGCGCGGAUGAAGUCAAGGGGAAGAUGUUGCGGACUGUCGGAUCGGCAGAGGCGGGCGGGCUUCGGCUUCCUUCGUAGAAGCGGAGCAGGGAUGGAAGCUUCUUGUUUGGAGUUAGCCCUUGAAGGAGAGCGUUCAUGCAAAGCAGAGGAUUUCAGAGCUGGGGUGGCUUUCUUUGAAGCAGCUGUGCAGGUAGGGACAGAAGAUCUGAAAACACUGAGUGCCAUCUACAGCCAAUUGGGCAAUGCCUACUUCUACCUGAAGGAGUACACCAAAGCUCUCGAGUACCAUAAGCAUGAUCUCACGCUAGCAAGGACCAUUGGAGAUCGCACGGGGGAGGCCAAAGCCAGCGGGAAUCUUGGCAACACGCUGAAAAUCCUCGGGCAGUUUGAGGAAGCCAUUGCCUGUGGCCAGAGGCACCUGGACAUUUCUCAGGAGCAAGGGGACAAGGUAGGGGAGGCCAGAGCACUGUACAACAUUGGCAAUGUGCACCACGCUAAAGGAAAGCAGCUCUCUUGGAGUGUGCCGCAGGAGCCAGGGCACCUGCCUCAGGAGGUCAAGGAGACUUUGGAAAGGGCAUCAGAAUUUUAUUUGAGGAAUCUGUCUCUGGUGAAGGAGCUGGGAGAUCGAGCUGCUCAAGGCCGAGCAUAUGGCAAUCUGGGCAACACCCAAUAUCUACUAGGAAACUUUGGCAAAUCAAUUGUUUUCCAUAAACAGAGACUUGCCAUUGCCAAGGAGUUUGGGGACAAGGCUGCUGAAAGAAGAGCGUAUAGCAAUUUGGGCAACGCCCACAUCUUCCUUGGGAGGUUUGACAUCGCGGCUGAGUACUACAAGAAAACGCUACAACUCUCUAGACAACUGAAGGACCAAGCGGUGGAGGCUCAGUCUUGCUAUAGCCUCGGCAACACAUACACCCUCCUCCAAGACUAUGAGAGAGCCGUUGAAUAUCACCUGAAGCACUUGGCAAUUGCCCAGGAGCUUGAGGAUAAAGUGGGAGAAGGAAGAGCCUGCUGGAGUUUAGAGAAUGCCUACGUCUCCCUUGGGAGCCAUGAGCGAGCCCUGCACUUUGCAGAGAGACAUCUUGAAAUCUCCCAAGAGAUUGGAGACUGCAUUGGGGAGAGAACUGCUUCUACAAACAUUACACACUUGAAGUCUCUCUUGGAUGUGCAGCCGUGCAAGGAUGAACGGGACACACCUACUUGUUGCACCGGCUAUGAAGUGCAAGGGGCCCGACCAAAGAAGAUCCAGAGGAAUAACAUGAACAACCCUGGGGUCCUUCAUUUCCCCCCUGAAAAGGACCAGAACGGAGAGAGGCAUCACCUGACAGUCCUGAAGACCCCUGGAAGAGAUUAUUUGCCGCUGCCUGCCUUAUCCAGUAAACACAGGGAAAGCCAAACCAUUUUGGAAACAAAACCUCCAAUGUCUAGUGGGUUCCCAUUGGAAGCCAGUGAUGUCCAAGUCCAGCUGAAAAUCAAGCGAGUCCCUUCAGAAGAGGAGGGCUUCUUUGACUUGCUGAGUAAAUUCCAGAGCAACCGAAUGGAUGACCAGCGCUGUACAUUGGAGGAACGCCAGAAUAAAACAGGGGAAGCUUCCACUGUGCCGCGGCCUGUCCUGGAGGAAAGAAUAUCUCAGUCCUUGUCCAUGGCCUCUCCACAGACUGAGGAGCUCUUUGACCUCAUUGCCAGCUCCCAGAGUCGGCGGCUCAAUGACCAGCGCGCAAGCGUGGAGAGCCUGCCCGGCCUGCGCAUCACACCGAACAACUUGGGCCAUCUCCACAGGGAAGGUGAUUUGCAAGAGCCCGGCGACGAUUUCUUCAACAUGCUCAUCAAAUGCCAGUCAUCCCGCAUAGACGACCAGAGGUGUGCUCCACCCAGCUCCAUCCCCCAUGGCCCCACUGUGCCAGACGAGGAUUUCUUCAGCCUCAUCCAGCGUGUCCAAGCCAAGCGCAUAGAUGAGCAGCGGGUGGACCUGGCCUCUGCUCCGGAGGAGGAGACAGAAGAGCCUCCAGCUGAGGAAGAGCAGCUGGACCAGCAGCCCAAGCCCAGCUCCAGCUAAGGGGCCGGUGCAGGAGAGAGGACGCGACCCCGAUCUGGCGUGCCGCCCACCAGACUGCUGAGUCCUGCCCCCCCCCCCCCGCCCCGGGCACCCAGCAGUUCCCUUUUGUGCCACCUCACCUUGGAGAAAAGGGCAGAGGGUGGUGAACACAUGGCUGCAUCUUGCCCUGCCCUCUGCUGUACUCAGAAGUGGCUACACAACAAGACAAGGUCAUCCCGGUCAGUGGGACCGGGAAUACGAACUUUUUCUAGAAGAUGAGCUUUCUCUUCAGCCCAGCCUCAUCUCUUGACGAAGAACAGUGCUAAGAACAGCAAUGGUGUGUGUGUGUGUGUGUGUGUGUGUGUGUGUGUGUGUGUGUGUGUGUGUGUGUGUGUGUGUGUGUGUGUGUGUGUGUGUGUGUGUGUGUGAGAGAGAGAGAGAGAGAGAGAGAGAGAGAGAGAGAGAGAGAGAGAGAGAGAACUGUUGCAUUGAUAGUAUUAGAAACAUUAAUGGAGGAUAAACCUGUCAUUGGCUAUCAGUCUCGAUAACAAAGAAUGGAAGUGUCUUAACAACAUGGUGGGGUCAGUCUUUGCCUUCAUGCCAUGUUUUCCAAUGCCAGGAAGCCUUUGCUUGGACUAGGAGGGACUGAUGCAGCAAGCCGACUCAGACUUUUGUGCCAAUGGGUAAACUCGCCCUUGUGCCAGCGAGUAAGCCAUAAGCAAGCUUUGGGAUACCUGAAUGGUGCAGCCAAGCACAUCGGCUCUCCAGUUUGUGCUCCAGCUCCUAUAAAUCUCAGUUCUGGGCCUGGACAAUUCAGUUUUGGAAUUCUCAUAAAAAUGGUGGUAAUCAGAACGUUAUCUGCAAACAAGCUUGUUUUGCAUGAACUGGCUUUGCUUUUGUCUCAGCUCAGCAUUUGAGUUCUCAAAAAUAAAUGGGUUUAGUCUUUGUGGAGGGGAAGCCGCAGCAGCAAGCCAAGGGGGCUGGUGCCAACAGGAGCUAUGGGCAGCGUGAAGCUGAAGUGGGCGCUUCCAGUACUACCAGGAGGACCCUCUGCUGCCCAUCAAAUAAUUCCGCUGUUCAGAAGGACACUUUGGCCAGCAAGUUGGCUUGGAGUUGUAAUCCUUCUCAUAAUUCUUUUUCAAGCUGAUUACAUAUAAAAUUCAUUGCUGAGUAGGAGGCUCUGUUACCUUUCAGCCUUAAUUGCCAAUUAAAGGAAUUUUAAUUUAAAAUAAUU